AUGGAGCUGUUUGGGCUAUGGAUACCUGUUUUGGGCUCUCUGAUGAUGGCAGAAAACCUGAGGACUCUACCCAUUGAUCAGGAUCAGUGGCUGAGGCCUGAGGAUGUGGAGCUGGCUGAGGGCUACCUCAGGAGGUUCUACAACCUGAACCCCAGAGGCAGAGUGUCCAGAAGAAGGAUCAGGUCCACAUCAGCCAUGGAGGAGAAGAUCAGACAGAUGCAAAACUUCUUUGGUCUGAGAGAGACGGGUCGUCUGGACCGUCACACCCUCGAUGUGAUGAGGGAGCCCAGGUGUGGUGUUCCAGAUGUGGAAAACUUCAGCUUUUACCCAGGAAAACCCAAAUGGAAGGACCAUACCAUCACAUACAUGAUUGCUAAAUACACCCCAGACAUGAAGAGAGAGCUUGUGGAAAAGUCAUUCAGUUCAGCCCUGAAGAUGUGGAGUGAUGCAGCACCGCUGAGGUUCAUCAAAGUCAACCAUGGCAAAGCUGAUAUAGUCCUCUCUUUUGCCCGCAGAACUCAUGGAGAUUUCUUUCCUUUUGAUGGACCCCGGGGUGUGCUGGCUCACGCCUUUCAGCCAGGAGACGAUUUAGGAGGAGACGUGCACUUUGAUGAGGAUGAAACAUGGACGACAGGGAGUCAAGGUUACAGUCUGUUUGCUGUUGCAGCUCAUGAGCUUGGCCACUCACUGGGUCUGUCUCACUCCAAAGACCCCUCUGCUAUCAUGUACCCUAAUUACAGGUAUCAAAGCAGUACACAGUACUCUCUAUCCAAAGAUGAUGUACUUGGGAUCCAAGCAUUGUAUGGAAAAGCUACUGGGAAAGUGGAUACACAACCAGUCCCCAAAAAGUGUGACCCCAACUUUUCUUUAGAUGCAGCACUUACGAUCGGAGGCGAGAUUAUUUUAUUUAAAGACAGGCAAGUGUUGAUGAGGACAACAAGGGAAACUUAUGGGAAUCGCCUGAGAGAGAGCCACAGCAGCACAUAUUUACUGAGCGUCAGUUCUCAUGUGGAUGCUGCUUAUGACAUCCCUGCCAAAGGCGUGGCGUACAUAUUCACUGGUCGUAAAUACUGGGUGGUUCAACAGCUUAAGAUGAAAAGUCAUCCUGGCUCCAUCUAUGAGUAUGGCUUCUCCUCCAGAGUCAGGCAGGUUGACGCUGCCGUGCAUGUCAGUGAAUAUGGAAAAACAGUCUUCUUCACAGGAGAGGUUUAUUACAGGUUCGAUGAGCGCAGGAAAAAGAUGGACCCCGGUUUCCCCAGACUCAUCCAAACAGACUGGCCUGGCAUCCCGAAAAGGGUCAACGCUGCCUUCAAGUUAAAUGGUAACAUCUUCCUUUUCAGUGGAGCAAAAUCCUACCAGUAUAACAUCAAACAGAACCGGGUGGCGAAAGUUGUUUCAGCAAAUUCUUGGCUGGGAUGUUGAUGUAGUUAAUACUGUGGUGGGCAAAUCACUGAGAAAACAUCCUCCACACAGCUGAGGAAAGCUGAAAUGAGAAAUGAUGAGAAAAGAGAGGUAAUAGUUGUUUAACUGAUUGAAACCAAUCUUAACUUAACCAAUCAUAUGAUUUUAUGUAUUUGACUUUUAUGGUUUCUAUUUUUUGUAUGUGUGUAUGCAUAUGUAAAUUACAUCUCUGAGUACAAUGGCACUGAUACAUCCUGUGUACAAGAAUGUCAAGUACAUUGGGACUUGUAUGAAUAUUAUGUACAGGGGUGAUCAUUCUUUAAAUAAUGUGGAAUUCAUGAAAUGUUUGUAUUGAGAUGUAUGUUGAAAAUUUGCAAUCAUUUCAGCUUGCAAUGUACAAUUUUACAAUGUUGAACUCAAUACA